AGGGGGUUGCAAUGAUGGGGUACAUCGUGGGUGGCCUGGAGACGCUUGUGUGGUCCUCCGGGUAGUUCCGUAGCUUGGAAUAUGCCCUAAAGACGAUGUAUACGACGCUUCGUCGACAGGAAGAGGUGCACAGACGCUUGUCCGUGGCAUCCCUCGUUCCGCAAUAAUUUCAACAUCCACAGAUCAACAAUGAAGUUCCUCCACAUCAAGGCUGCGGUGUACCUCUGCCUCUUGACAUUGACCCCUGAAAUAACCUGCGAACUAUCCCGGAACUUUGUUGUAAACGACAGCAACGAUAACAGUACCUGGAAGGAGUUGAGCCUAGGUCUGACAGACUCCAGCUGUCGAAGACCAGCGCAAUGCGUUUCCCUGGAGUACAGAACAUGCCUGGGCACAUCACUGACCUACGAGCAAACAUCCCUGGACCUGCUGCCAAGGAACCACUCGCAGGAUAAAAUCAACGAGACACUAACCCAACUUGAGAGCUUGAAGUACAUCCCAAAAUGCUGGACAGUGGUCCAGCCACUGCUGUGCUCAGUGUUCAUGCCCAAGUGUUCAAACAAUCAGCUGGACCUGCCAUCCCCAGACACCUGCAGAAAAAUUCUGAAGCCCUGUGGAAUAGUCAUGAACAGUACGAUAUGGCCGGAGUUCCUGAGGUGCGAUAACGAGAGAAUUUUCUCGACUCAGUGCAAGAACGACGUGAGGGACGUGAAAUUUGGGACCCCAGGCAAAUGCCUGAGUCCCCUGGUGAGUGUCAGCUCAUCCGUAAGUGGCACUGACGAGUCCUUCGAUGGAAUUGAUGGCUGCAGAGUUCCCUGUCACGAUCCCAUGUUCCUGCCCGAUGAACUCGCCCAGAUUCACUCCUUCAUCGCUUGGGCAGCUGGCAUCUGCGUAUUCUUCAAUCUUUUUACAAUGGUCACAUUUUUCAUCGACUGGAGAUCAGCCAGCAAGUAUCCAGCUGCUAUUAUUUUUCAUAUCAAUGGGUGCUUCCUGGUGUCGUGCAUUGGCUGGCUGGUGCAAUUCACUCCUGGCAGCAGAGAAGUCAUCGUUUGCAGAAAGGAUGGAACUCCCAGAACUGGAGAGCCUAGUGGAGAGAAUAUAUCAUGUGCUGCAGUAUUCAUCAUGGUCUACUACUUCUCCAUGGCAGCUGUCGUCUGGUUCGUCAUCCUGACGUACGCCUGGCACAUGAGCUUCAGGGCCCUGGGAAAAAUUCAGGACAAAAUCGACAAGAAGAACUCCUAUUUUCACCUUCUCGCCUGGUCUAUCCCAUUCGUUCUCACUGUUCUCACUUUUGCGUACACCAAAAUCGAUGGAAAUAGUGUCACAGGAAUUUGUUAUGUGACACAUGAACCUGUGGCUAGAGGUCUUCUGGUGCUCCUGCCCCUGCUGUGUGGAUCACUCGCUGGUGGAUAUUUCUUGUCAAGAGGAUUAAUCACGCUUAUCCACUUGAAGAUAAGUAGCCAAGAGAUAAUCUCUAAACGUGCCAGUUCAAAAAUCCGGGAGACGAUAAUCCGCGUGGGUCUCUUCACGAUAUUUAUUUAUGUAGCAGUGAUAAUAACGAUCUACUGUCACAUCCACGACUUCCUGAACUCAGAAAAAUGGUCGCGUUCCUUUCGUGAUUACAUGUGGUGUUCGAUCCUGACUAAAUCCCAGGGGACAAAUCAGUGCACCAUGGAGUCACGUCCAAGUAUAGCAAAACUUCAGCUGCACCUGCUGGCGCAUUUUUUCGCUGGAGUUCUGAUGUCGUCGUGGGUGUGGACGGGUUCAACAGUGGACACCUGGACACGCUUCCUUCGACGGACAUUUCAUAAUGAGAAUGAGGAGCCAGUGAAGCUGAAGAAGCACAAGGUGAUAGCCCAGGCAUUCGCCAAGAGGAAGACAUUCAACAAUGCAGGACGUCUCUCCAUCAGUUUUCAUCAUACUCACGAGGAUCCAGUGGGCAUGAACUUCGACCUGAACUCCGUGGCAUCUCAGGACUUCAGCUCAACUUGGGCAGCUGCUCUUCCAAAAUUCGUGACACGUCGUGGAGCUCUCGUUGGCAACAACACAGGAUCAACCUCGAGUUAUCGAAGGAACUCAGUGGAUUCAGAGAUCAGUAUAAGUGUCAGGAGAUUCUCGGUGGAGUCCAGGCGAAAUUCCCUGGACUCUCAGAUAUCGUAUGGUGUGCAGUUCGCUGAGCUGAAGACAACGAGAAAAGUGGCAUCAUCCUCUGGGCAUAGAUCGAGACGAGGUAAACGAAGAAGAGAGUUCAGUAAGUCGAGAUCGACGAAGUCAGGGCCCCUAUUCAGGAGGGGAAGCACCACCUCUCAAGAGAGUCAGCUGGGGGCACAGAUUCUCUCGGCGUUGACAAUCGGCGGUGUUCCCAACAUGAAGAGGAGGUCUGCUACUGUUGGACUCAAUGGGGAGACCCUGGGCUCCAAGAUUAUUGAUGGCAAGGAUAUGGGAAUGCUGAUGCCGUUUUUAUUUGGUGGACAGAGUAACAGUGACGAUGACACCAGUGAGGAGAAAAAUCGGGACGUCGAGGCUGGACCUGUGGAGAAGACGCAGGAGAGUGAGAGUGAAAGUGAACCCGAUGAGGAGACAAAGAUGAUUGAGAAUGAGGGGCAGAGGAGCAAGAGCAGUGAUAAAUCGGGGAAGAGUUAUCAGGAGGGCAGGAAGAGCAGGGAGAGCAGGAGGAGUAAAUAUGUUAUUCAAGAUGAGACUAUCCUCAAGCAACUCAUUCAAGAGUCCAAGGAGAUCGUCAGGAGGGAGAGGGAGGAGAGAAAACCUGGAAUUGGGGAUUUGGGAGCGAGCAUUACGAAUUAUUGCCCGGAAUUGGGAAAAUUAAUGAUUGGCGAUGGACAAAUCAAUGCCAGGGAAAUGGCAACUCAGACUUCGCUGCCUCUGGAUGUACUGGAGAUGGAGGAGUUGAAGCAGAGUAUUGAUGAAAUCAUCAGCAGCAGAAAUUGCAGCUCAAAGGGGACACAGAUAUCACCGCAAUUGAAUAAAGGGGGCAGGAGGGGUGAGAAGGGGUCAGCGGUAAGUCCUGUGCCUGCACCGAGACCAUCCAAGGAGGGAAAGAGGAAAGAGUCGAAGAAUGUUUGAGGGGCAGUGAAUUCUUUGGGAAAUUAUAUUGCUUUUUUUUUAUUUUUAUAAACUGGAAAAAACUUGAUUUUUUUUGGUGGAAAUCACCAAAUAUUGAAAAAUUCACUCGACGCCCUCAAAUAUUCUUCUGCAGUUGUAAAUAAAUGUUUUCAAUGGUUUUGUAAUGAUGGCAUUGCAUUUAAGGGAGGAAAAGUAUUUUUCUACUGUUUAUAGAUACCUCACGCCGAUUUUUGAGAAUGUAUUGACUUUUUUUUUAAUGUUUUUUCGAUAGAUUUGUACUUAAGAUUAAUGAUAAUACUCAUUUAUUCCAUGACAAUCGAUAAUACUCGGCCAAAUAUUGUUGUUCCGCAUGUUCGAGAACUUUAGUUUAUGAGAAUAUGUAUUUUAAGACUGAAAUGUCAAUGAAUUCGUUUGAUACGACGAUUAUAGUGAAGAUUAUAUGUAGUUUUUAAUUUUUACUUUAAACAAUGCAAUACAGGAUGUUUGUCAGGAUUAUUUUUUACCAAUGCUCGACAAUUUUAAAGU